AUGCACUGCAGAGGACUAAUUGUGCUGAUCAUGACUGUGACCACCAUCCAGGCCUUAAGAAGGAUCACAUUAAAAAAGAUGCCCUCCAUCAGAGAGAAUCUUUAUGAAAUGGGCGUGUCUCCUGGCCAGAUCCUGGCCCAGAUAUCAGAGAAAACUGGAGGAAGCCCCUCCCCCAGCAAUGGGAUAGCCCCCACAACACUGACCAACUACCUGGAUACACAGUAUUUUGGUGAGAUCAGCAUUGGGUCCCCGCCACAGAUUUUCAAUGUGGUGUUUGAUACAGGAUCCGCCAAUCUUUGGGUUCCCUCCGACGACUGUUCCCCACUGUACACAGCCUGCUUUACCCACAAUAGAUAUGAUUCCUCGAAAUCCCAAACACAUGUUCCGAAUGGCACAGGAUUCUCCAUCCAGUACGCCGCUGGUAAUGUCAGAGGAUUCCUGAGUGAAGACAUAGUGAUGGUGGGCGGGAUUCCUGUGGUGCAGGUGUUUGCUGAAGCGACAGCCUUACCAGCGAUUCCAUUCAUUUUUGCGAAGUUUGAUGGCGUGCUGGGCAUGGGGUUUCCUGACGUGGCCAUCGAUGGCAUCACGCCCGUGUUCGACCGCAUCAUGUCCCAGCACGUCCUGAAGGAGAAGGUCUUUUCAGUCUAUUACAGCAGGGACCCAAAACAUAUUCCAGGGGGAGAAAUCGUUCUGGGAGGGACUGAUCCCAACUACUACACAGGAUCAUUCAAUUACAUACGCACCAGUGCCAGUGGCAAAUGGGACGUCACCAUGAAAGGGGUCUCAGUGGGGGCAGAGACACUCCUCUGUACAGAAGGUUGCACCGCGGUGAUUGACACUGGCUCCUCCUACAUCACCGGCCCUGCCUCCUCCGUGUCAGUGUUAAUGAAGGCCAUGGGAGCCACAGAGCUGGCUGAGGGUGGGUACACGGUGAACUGUGAUCAGGUGAAAUCCUUGCCCAACAUCUCCUUUUGUCUCGGGGGUCAGGAGUACCCACUGACCGGGGAGGACUACAUCCUUUGGCAGUCGCAGUUUGGAGAGGACAUCUGCACCGUGGCUUUCAAGGGUCUGGAUCUGCCGCCACCUACUGGUCCUAUCUGGAUACUCGGGGCUAAUUUUAUUGCCCGCUACUAUACAGAGUUUGAUCGUGGCAACAACCGCAUCGGGUUUGCUCGGGCCGUUUGA